AUGGACAAAAAAAAAAGAGAAUCAAAAAACGACCGUAAAAAAAGAAUUGCAGUAUAAACAUAAACAAGAGUAACUUAAGAAAAAGAAAAUCGUGCCCCUCUAGUUUAAGUUAGACAUAAUCGUGAAUGUGUAAGUAAUCGAGUAUAUGAUUUAUAUUUAGAUAACAUUACAGUUAUGUAAGGAGGAAUAAUUCUAUUAGAUAACAGUGAAUUAUAAUUAACAUAAGGCCGUAAAUAUGGUUUAGUGGGUAGAAAUGGAGUUGGGAAGACUAGUUUAUUAUAUGCAUUGGCUUCUGGAGAAUUUAAGAUACCAGAACACUUAUAAAUUCUUCUUGUAGAAUAAGAGAUGGCCGGAAACCAUAAAACUCCUUUAUAAUAAGUACUUGAAACUGAUGUAGAAAGAGAAGCUUUAUUAAAAGAGCAAGAAUAACUAGCUAGUAAUGAGGAGAAUAGCGAAAAAUAAGAUGGUCGUAUAUCUGAUAUAUACAGAAGAUUAGAAGAAAUAGAUGCUCAUACUGCCGAAAGUAGGGCCUCAAGUAUACUUGGUGGGCUCGGAUUUACACAAGAUAUGAUCAAUAAUCCCACCUAAAAGCUUUCCGGAGGGUGGAGAAUGAGAGUAUCAUUAGCUAGGGCCCUUUUCGUGCAACCAGACAUCUUAUUAUUGGAUGAACCGACGAAUCAUUUAGACUUAGAUGCUGUUAUUUGGCUUGAAGAGUUCAUUUAAAAUUCAGAUGUGACUAUAGUGUUAGUAUCUCACUCUAGAGCUUUUUUAAAUAGAGUCUGUACUGAUAUUAUACAUCUUUGUGAUUCGAAAUUAACUUAUUAUUCAGGAAAUUACGACUAAUUUGUGAAGACUAGAACCGAAUUAUAAACUUUAUAAAGAAAGAAAUUCGAAUUUAAUCAAGCAGAAAGAUAAGACGCUAAAGCCUUCAUCGAUAAAUUUAGAGCAAACGCAAAACUAGCCAGUUUAGUAUAAAGUAGAAUUAAAGCCUUAGAUAAAAUGGAAGAAGUUGAAGAUAUAAUAGAAGAUCAUAAGACUGUAUUUUAGAUCCCUUAACCUGAAAAGCUAAGUUCUUAUUUACUUAGAAUAGAAGAUGGUAAAUUCGGUUAUUCUGAAAACAAUAUCAUUUUCGAAGAAUUAAGCUUCGCAGUACAUAGUGAUUCUAAAAUUGCAAUUAUAGGAGAUAAUGGGGCAGGAAAGUCUACCUUUUUAAAAUUAUUAACUGGUAAUUUAGAGCUUAUGUAUGGUCAUUAAAUGCGUAAUCCAAAAUUAAUAUACAGUUAUUUCACUUAACAUCAUAUAGAUUAAUUAGAUAUGGACCUUACUCCUGUGGAAUCCCUAUAAAAAUAGUUUAAAGGGUAAACUCCAGAACAUUUCAGGGCUUAUUUAUCCAAAUUUGGGCUAAAAGGUUCCACUCAUUUAAGAUAAAUUUCAGAACUAUCGGGAGGUUAGAAAUCCAGAGUGGCUUUAGCGAAAUAAUUAUAUACUUGUCCACAUUUACUUAUUUUAGAUGAACCUACUAAUCAUUUAGAUUUAGAUGCUAUUGAUGCUUUGAUUGAUACUUUAAAAAGCUACAAUGGAGGGUUUAUUGUAGUUUCUCAUGAUGAACAUUUAGUUGAAAGUAUUUGUUAGUAAAUCUUUUAUGUAAAAGAUAAAAAAAUGGUUUAGUUUAAAGGAGAUUUCUAAGCUUAUAGAAAAGCCUUGAUUACAAGAUAACUUUGA